UAAUUUAAUAAAAGACGUAGUAAUAUGUUACUCUGUUGUUUUGAUGAUCAGAGAUAUUAACACCCGAUGGCAAAUAACUUGACGACGAAUUAGGAAGAUGACAGCAAAACAGCAGAGGAUUUAGCAGCCCUUAAUUUGUUACCAAAAAGGAAAUGCAGAAGAAUUCAAACGGAAAGUAAGCUAUUCAUUUUCGUAUUGAUUAAUAAUUGGUAAAACCUAAACAUAGAUUUUAAAUAAUCACUACAGUCACAAAAGAUGCUGUUUUUAGUCGCAAGUGAAAUUUGAUGGACAAAUAACAGCUGCAAUUUCUUUACUAAUUAGUACUUAAUUUUACCGUAAGAAUUUCUGUCUCAGUUUAAUGACACACGUUUUAAUUUAGACUAGUACAUGAAGGACUCGUUUAAUACAGGGAAUAUGUGUUGGUUUAUUUUAUGACAUGUCAAUGUUGGUCAGGACAGGCACCGUUGUACGUAAAAACCGGCGAAGGUCAAGCAGUAAGGGGUCGACACGGAGAGGGUCAGCACCGACUGUUCUCCAGCCAACAGCGCCAUCACCGUCAUCCCAUCUUGGAAUCAAUCAAAAUGUUAGAACAUACCUUACACCUCAACCGUCGCCGUCUAAAAGUGUCAACUUUAGUUUUGAUUCAGAGAGAAUGACUGCAUCCGGUGCUAACUCGCGACAGCAUAGUAUAGUGAGCGAAAAACCUUCCAACUAUGGUAGUGUUGUUUUAUGGAAGGACACGUCAGAACCUGAUUUUUCUUUUAACCUGAUGAGCAAUUUGUGUGAGGCCAUGGUGGAGGCAGACGGAACAUGUGAUUUUAUACAACGUGCCUUUUUAAUUGUGUGUGGUACAUGGCCAGUGACGGUGUUGACAGGAGUUUUGAUGUCCAUGCCGAUCGCUAUGAUGAUUAUUGGAGUAAAAUAUCUGGAGGACUGUCCAAAGGAAAGAAAGCUACCAAUUUAUUUACUCGUUGGUGGAUGCUUUGGAACAAUAAAACUAACACUUAUGAUGUGUAGUCAGAUUCGUCUAUUGAAUGACGAAGAUGAUGAGGAUUACCACGACGACAAUGAAUUGGCUACGAUUAGCAGGAUGGCAAAUGUUGGCUUAACAAUAUUCUUGUCGAUUUGGUUUGUUUUCGGAAACUGUUGGUUUUUCGAUAUUUGGAUACCAAACUUCCGUUCCCCUCUUCAUGAACCUAAAAAUUGGUGCGAUAAAACUGUUUUUAAUUUCACAUAUUAUCAUUUGAUUGUAUGCCAUACAAUAAUUGGUAUUGCGUUGUGUUUGGCCUUUUUGUUUUGUUGCUGUUUUACAUGUGUAAAAUGCUCUAAUGAUGUGGAAAAGGGGUAACCCGGGGUAUUAUUGUUCAAAAUAUAUUUAUGAAAAAAAUUAGGUCAACCAGCAUGACUGAAACUACAUGUUUGGCUUGAUUAACCUUUCACG